GGAGAGGGGGGGGGGAUGCUGGUGAACAAUUUAUUCUUUUUUCUUCGCCAUCAUUAUGAGUCUCUAUCAACCUGCUCCCAAACCGCCCACCAAGCUCGGUAUAUAUCGUACCCUGGCCCCCACUGCGGGAGUGCACGUUUCCCCACUGGCCUUGGGAGCUAUGUCCAUCGGGGACAAAUGGCACCAGUACGGAAUGGGUGCAAUGGACAAGCAGUCCUCGGUAAAGCUGUUGGACGCAUAUUUCGACGCAGGUGGAAAUUUUAUCGACACUGCAAACAAUUACCAAGACGAAAGUUCAGAGGAGAUCAUCGGCGAGUGGGCUGAAAAGCGUGGUAUUCGUGACCAGCUUGUCAUUGCUACAAAGUAUACCACCAAUUUCAAACGAGGCUCCAAUGAAGCACAAAAGGUUAAUUUUACCGGAAACAACGUCAAGUCUAUGCAUAUCAGCGUGGAGGCGAGCCUGAAGAAACUCCGAACAUCUUACAUCGACAUCUUAUAUCUUCACUGGUGGGACUUCGACACCAGUGUUGAGGAGGUCAUGAACGGACUGCACAUCCUGGUCCAGCAGGGAAAAGUUCUCUACCUGGGUAUCUCUGACACACCUGCCUGGAUUGUGUCCAAGGCAAAUCAAUACGCUCGUGAUUAUGGGAAAACUCCUUUUGUGAUCUAUCAAGGCAUGUGGAACAUUUUGGAGCGCUCAUUCGAGCGCGACAUAAUUCCCAUGGCCCGCGCUGAAGGUAUGGCACUCGCACCCUGGAAUGUUCUCGCUAGCGGUAAAUUCCGCACGGACGAAGAGGAGCAAAGGCGACGCGAAACGGGAGAGAAGGGAAGGGAGAUGUUUACAGGCUGGGAACGCACCGAAAAUGAAACGAAGGUGUCUCAUGCGUUAGAGAAGGUAGCCAAGGAGGUUGGCGCCAGUCAUAUCACCGCUGUGGCCAUCGCAUACCUUAUGCAGAAAACGCCAUACGUUUUUCCCCUGGUCGGAGGCCGCAAAGUCGACCAACUGUAUGGGAACCUCGAGGCGCUUGACAUUCUUUUGUCCCCGGACCAGAUAAAGUAUUUGGAAAGUAUCAUUCCGUUUGAUGCGGGGUUCCCGACGUCCAUGAUUGGCGAUGGGUCAUCUCCUACUAUGCUUCUCGCACAUACCGCUCAUUUCGAGAAGGUCCCGCGCGUCGAACCAAUCAGACCAUCAAAGAAGUAAGAAUUUUCAGCAAAGUGCUGCGUUGGCUACGUUCUCAGAUUGCAUAAUAUUCCGUGUCAAUAAAACUUUAUCGAUUGGCAAUUAAUUUGUGACUUGCGUUUCAUUAUGAUGGUUCACUGAGAGUCCUUCUGUAUGUCCCGCACUAGGAUUGAAUGAACAAGGAAUAGAUUCAGCCCCGCGGGUCUGAUUUAUCGAGGUUAUCAGUUAUCGACUGGCGAUCACCCGAUGUUUUUGCCAUGCGACUAUGAACUCUGAUAGAUCAUGCAGACAAUGCGCAAGGCCGCAACAAUCCCACUACGGUC